AGUACAGAGCAGACAGCAGCAGCUUCCGGUAACAGACCAACAUGGCAGCCUACCGGAGAAAACGUGGCUUCGUCGCCGAGUCCUCCGGCCAGAGCAAAAAACCGAAAUUACAGCAGAAGGCAGCGGAGAAUGAGGACGAGUUCACCAUCCCGCCGCCGGUGUCAGAGGGCAAGUGGAAGAACAAGGAGCGGGUGCUGAUAUUCUCCUCCCGUGGGAUUAAUUUCCGCACCAGACAUUUGAUGCAAGACCUGAGAACGUUAAUGCCGCACGCCAAGGCCGAUACAAAGAUGGACCGGAAAGAUAAACUGUUUGUCAUCAACGAGGUCUGUGAAAUGAAAAACUGCAACAAGUGUAUUUAUUUUGAAGCAAAGAAGAAGCAGGAUCUGUAUAUGUGGAUAUCAAACGCCCCUGAGGGACCAUCUGCAAAGUUCCUAGUCCAGAACAUUCAUACCCUGGCAGAGCUGAAGAUGACCGGAAACUGCCUGAAGGGCUCCCGUCCGCUGCUCUCCUUCGACCCGGCGUUUGAUCGUGAUCCAUACCUCACAGUGUUAAAGGAGCUCUUCAUACAGAUUUUCGGAACCCCGAGAUACCACCCAAAGAGUCAGCCCUUCGUGGACCACGUAUUCACCUUCUCCGUAGCAGACAAGAGGAUCUGGUUUAGGAAUUAUCAGAUUAUCGAGGAGGACGCAUCUCUGGUGGAAAUCGGACCUCGCUUUGUGCUAAAUCUUAUCAAGAUCUUCAAAGGCAGCUUUGGGGGACCAACCCUGUACGAGAACGCUCACUACCAGUCUCCAAACAUGCAUCGACGCAUGAUCCGAUUGGCCACGGCAGCGAAGGUUCGGGAGAAGCAGCAAGUGAAGACACUUCAUAAAAUGAAGAAGAGUGAGGGGGCGCAGGUUGUUCCCAAGGACCCCACGGAGGACGUAUUCGCCACCCCAGCUGCAGACAAGCCCGUCGUUAUUGAGACGGAGCCGCCAUUACAGAAACCCAGGGUGAAACGGAAAGACAAAAAGUUCAAACGCCAGAGAAUGGCCAAAAAACGCUUCUGAACUGUGCGAGGCCUUGUGUGCGAGGCUCGGGGGCCGGCGGUCUGUUUUAUACAUUAAAAGAGGAAGGAAAAGUC